AUGAACCAUAUCCGCACCUCAUAUCCUCCCGUGUUUGCUCGGCCGAGACGACUAGCACCGGGGCGUUUCCAGGCCGCGAAGGCGGAGUUUGAACACAUGCUGCAACUGGGAAUAAUUCGACCGUCCGAAAGCCCCGGUGGCGGCUACCGAACCCUCAACAGCGCUAUCAUUCCUGAUCGGUACCCCGUGCCUCAUCUGCAGGAGUUUGCUGGAGCCUUUUUCGGCAAAGCGGUUUUCUCGAAGAUUGAUUUGGUGCAUGCUUUUCAUCAGAGUCCAGUCGCCAUGAGGACAUUCCUAAAACCGUCGUCACUACACCCUUCGGUCUCUUUGAUUUCAUCCGCAUACCGUUCGGUCUUCGUAAUGUCGCCCAAACGUUUCAGAGGUCCAUCGACCAUGUCUUACGUGGCCUGCCCUUUGUGUACGCCUACAUUAAUGACCUCUUGGUGGCCAGCCGGAAUGAGGAAGAACACAAAGAGCAUCUUGCCUUGGUGUUUGACCGCCUUGACAAGUUUGGCGUUGUCAUCAACCCCUCCAAGUGCGUGUUGGGUGUGCCUCCACUCGAGUUCCUCGACCAUCCGGUCGACUCUGAAGGUUUGCGUCCCCUCCCCUCCAAGGAUGAAGCAGUUCGUAAUUUCCCUCCACCAAAUUCCAAGCGACAGCUGCAGCGAUUCCUCAGCAUGGUCAAUUUUUACCGCCGAUUCCUACCAAACUGUGCUGACCUCAUCCUGCCGCUCACCAACAUGCUUUCUGGUCCCAAAGGUCCCCUCGAGCAGAUUGGCGACGCACUGACUACUUUUGAGAGAAUCAAGAAUUUUGUUGCCGACGCCACUUUACUCACGCAUCCCGCUCCCGAAGCUCAGUUGUCCCUGACGGUGGAUGCUUUGACCGUAGCCGUAGGUGCAGUCCUUCAAAAACACCUUGCUGGUUCGACUCGACCACUUGCCUUUUUCUCCAAAAAGCUCUUACCAUCUGAGACACGCUACAGUACCUUUGGCCGUGACCUAUUUGCCAUUUACCUGGCUGUGAAGAAUUUCCGACAUUUUCUUGAACGUCGGGACUUCAUUGUUUUCACCGACCACAAACCGUUGACUUUUGCACUUCGUUCCCACCCCGACAAGUACAAUCCGAGGAAGAUCGUCAUCUGGAGUACAUCUCCCAGUUCACCAUCAACAUCCGCCACAUUGAUGGCGCGAAGAACGAGGUGGCUGAUAUGCUGUCCAGGCCCUCACUGUCUUCCCUUCAACCCUCACACGGGAUCGAUCUUUGUGCCAUGGCGGCUGAGCAACAGCGAGUGGGUUGUCCUGGCGACGAGUCUGUUAGUGGUCUCCAACUCAAAGACGUUCCUCUGACCACCGGCUCUGGUACCAUACUUUGUGACGUCUCGACUCCUUUUCAUCGCCCUUUCGUGCCCGCCUCGAUGCGUCGAGCUGUAUUUCAAACUCUGCAUGGACUGUCCCACCCUGGGAUCCGAGCCUCUCAAAAGCUCUUCGCGAAAGGUUUAUCUGGUCUGGCAUGGACAAGGACCUCAAACCUUGGGCCCGAUCGUGUCUGAAUUUCCAGCGCGACAAGGUGCAACGUCACAACAAAUCCCCACCAGGCACUUUCGCCAGCCCCGACGUACAGUUUAGCCGUGUGCACCUGGAUGUCGUAGACCCCUUGCCUCCAUCCAGUGGUUUCACCCACCUCCUUACCUGUGUCGAUCGAUAUACCUGCUGGGCUGAAGCCAUUCCUUUGUCGAAUGCGCAGGCUGAAACAAUCGUCAAGGCCUUCGUCAGUCGUUGAUUCGCCAUGUUCAGUGUCCCAUCCACGGUUACGACUGCUCGUUGUGCCCAGUUUGAAUCUGCACCCUUCCAAACGCCACUCAAUUUUAUUGGCUGCACACGCAUUCGGACAACAUCCUACUAUCCAGCUGCCAACGGUAUGGUUGAGCGUCUUCAUCGUCAGCUAAAGACCGCCCUGCGUGCCGUAGAAGACCCAGAAAACCGGUCAGACAACUUUCCUCUUGCACUCCUUGGCAUCCGCGCAGCUCUGAAGUCGGAUCUCGGCUGUAGCGCAGCUGAAUUGGUUCUCGCCACUACCCUCCGAAUGCCGGGCGAGAUGAUCACCCCAACAUCUCGUGGAGCCGACGAGAUUCCUGACAACUUUGUGCACCGUCUGCGGCAAUUUAUGCGCUCGCCUUCCCCGAUUCCACCUCGGACUCCAACGACUGAGUCUUAUGUCAAAAAAGACUUGGACAACUGCACUCGCGUUCGUCCGGUGUGA